AUGGACGACGACGGCGACGUCGGUGAUGACGACGCCGACGACGGGCGGCGGGCGGCCGCGCGCGCGCGCACGGACGAUUCCAGGCUCGAUUUCGCCUCGAGCGACUUCGACCCGGUGUUGGCGCUGAAGAAGUCGUCGAACGCGACGCCGCCGUUCCCUCGAAUGCGCGCCCUGGACACGGUGAGGCAGUGCAGAAGAUUACUCCCGAGCACUGGGGAGAAGGUUGGGCGAGAGCACGGUGCAGGAAGACAGACGAGAGGGUUGGCGUCCUUCGCGGCGCAGGCUCGAGCGAAACAGAGAGCGGAACGUUUCACAAAGGAAGACGCGGCGUUCGCCAAACGCGAGCGACUGUGUGACGCACUGGCGAAUUCAAAACACGCUCGAGAAGGUCCUCUGCGCGUCUUGCGAGACGCACGCGAGCGAAGGGAACGAGUUACGAUUGUCACGCGACACUCGCGCGGCGUUCGAGGCGUCGCCACGGCGUACGUCGAGGCAUUUGACAAGUUCGCAAACAUGAUUCUUACCGACGUCGAGGAGACGUACACCGUGCGCGUGAUGCGCGUGGUCGAGAGAGAGCGAACGGGAACGACGGACGUGGUUGGGGGACACUCGAGGACGCAGACGCGCUGCGCGCCGAAAUUGGAGCGUCGCGCGCGACGCCUGCAACAAAUUUUCGUUCGAGGUGAGCAGAUCGUCUCGGUGUCGAUUCCACCCAGUUAA